AUGGCGGAUUUGGUGUGGAGCGAUCCCGACCUGGAACUGCUAAAUUUCCGGAUAUCUUCCCGCGGAGCCGGAUAUCAAUUCGGAAUGAACAUCGUGAACAAAUUUCUGCAGGUGAACGGAUUUGAGAAGAUACUGAGAGCCCACCAGCUGUGUAAUGAGGGCUAUCAGGUAUUCUGGGGAGGUAAGGUCAAUACCGUAUGGUCUGCACCCAACUACUGCUAUCGAUGUGGCAAUAAAGCUUCGAUUUUGGAGAUAUCUGAUGAUUCGCGAUCUGAAGCAAGCUUCAGGUUUAACGUGUUUGACGCGUCUCCAGAAAGCGACCGCGAAUUCGUCAAGAUAAUGAAAGGGUCUUCGUUUGGGUUCUCUAGUGAGGAAGAAGGUGAGAACGCAGGCCAGGACGACGAUUUGCAGUUCUACGACACUUACUAUAAUGGGCUGGGAGAACUCUCAAGAAAGGCUCCCCAUGUUGAGUAUUUCAUGUGA